AUGAGUUCCCAGACAUCUCUGCCACGACCGCUCCAGCAAGUCUGGACAGCGUUCAUUGCAGCCGUAGGCCGACUGGACAAGUCACUCUCUCCUCGGGUCACAAUCAGAAAACUGCAAAAUCAUUCGUUCACCUUCUCCGACACCAUUUAUAUAUUCCACACUGCUCUUGCGACCUACUGGAUCUAUAUUAUGCAUGUUCCUGGCUUCCUGAAGUUCAUGAUACCCACCCUUUAUAUAACAGCCGUUCUCAUCCCCCUGACGUCGCAGUUCUUCCUCCCUGCUGCACCGGUCCUCGCUUGGGUCCUCACCUUCUUCGCCUCCAAAUUUAUCCCCCCAUCGCAGCGUCCCGGUAUAUCGGUUGUCCUACUCCCGACCUUAGAGUCAGUCUUGUACGGAGCGAACAUCUCCGACAUCUUAACGCGCUUCACGCACCCCGUACUUGACAUCCUGGCAUGGCUCCCGUACGGCGUGAUCCAUUUCACCUUCCCCUUUGUAGUUGCUGCGUUUCUCUGGCUCUUUAGGGCGAAGGAAGCCCUACAUUACUUUAGCCGUGCAUUCGGCUACAUGAACCUACUUGGCGUCAUCAUGCAGAUCCUACUUCCCUGCGCGCCGCCAUGGUAUGAGCUCAUCUACGGCCUGACACCCGCCGACUACUCUGUGCGUGGAUCCGCAGGCGGGCUUGCUCGUAUCGAUAAACUCUUCCACUCCAAUGGCUAUGCUGUAACGUUCGGAAACUCCCCUGUCGUGUUCGGCGCAUUCCCUUCGCUUCACUCGGGCUGCGCAACGAUGGAAGCGCUUUUCAUCUCGCACUUUUUCCCCUGGGCGACCAGAUACGUCUGGACAUACACCGCGAUUCUCUACUGGGCGACGAUGUAUCUUACACAUCACUACCUGAUUGACGUCGUCGGUGGGUCGUGUCUCGCGGUGGCGUGCUUCUACCUCUACAUGCCCGAACAGCUCAAGGGCGCGAACGCCACCGCCCCGCCAAGUUCGGGCGCAUACGGGAGCCGGCGCUCGAAGUAUGAGCUGUAUGACCUUGAAGAGCCUCGUCCGACGCGAGGGCGCAGCGGAAACGGACGGAUCAUGCGCGACGCCACGGAAUAUGAUGUCGAAGAUUUGUCUGACCGCGAGUCAGACGAAGAGGAGAUGGACAUCACCUUCCGGUCACCUAUCACCCCAAAUAUCCCGACUUCUGCGACACCCCUCAUGAAGCAGAAGACGGGUGGUGCGCCAAAACGGAGCCAUCAGCAUACGGCGAGCAUCGCGAGCCUCAUUCGGGCGGAAGAUAGGGCGGAUGAUGGAUGGAGUCCCAUUGGGACGUCGUUCAACAUUCCACCCCCACGGGCAGGGGACGAUGAUAGAAAUUCGCGAGCAUGA